AUGGAGAAGAAGAAGCAGACCAGAUCUCGCACUUACCCGACGAGGUCAUCCAUGAGAUCCUCGCUCUCCUAG